UUAAAUUGUAUAAUUUUGGGCCAUUUUCCAGGGUAGGAUAUUUGAUACCAAAUGUACGGAAAGUUAUAUUACAAGAUGAGAAUCCAUGUAAUAAAAUAUCCCAUUAUCCAUCAUAUAGUCUAUAAAAAUAAUAAAUCAAAAGGGUGAUUCAUAAUCUCAUAAAGGUCCUAUGUAGUGGCCUGUGAUCUCACCCAGAAGGCCAGUGUUUCUUCUGACUGCUGUCUCCCAUGGGGAAGUGUGUCAGCUGUUGCACAGGUCAGGGGGUUGUGUUUCACAUGUACAAGUAUGGAUUCCACAUCUUUGUGAAGGACCUAUAAAUAGCCCCCAGUUGGAGUUUGGUUGAAGUAUUGGAACAGCUGAUGAAGCCUGUAUUCCUGACAGCAAAGCGGAACUGAUUCAACCCUGCCUCUUCUUUCUCAACCACUAACAGAAGUGCGGAACAGAGAGCGCUGGACUAGCCAUUUACUUCAUUGUGACCAUCAGGGAUAGUACGCGAUCAAUAUGGCUCUACCCAUAGAUCCCAUGGAGGAGCCGCGCAUGUACCAGCAAACUUUGCUGCAAGAUGGUCUAUACGAUCUUCUGGAGAGCGAUAUGAUGGUUGACUGUGUGUUAAAGAUAAAAGACAAAGAGUUUCCAUGCCACCGGUUGGUCCUAGCUGCUUGCAGCUCAUACUUCAGAGCUUUCUUCAAGUCAGGUGUGGAGGAGAGUAAACAGAAGGAGAUCGUAUUGGAGGAUGUGGAGCCUGGUGUAAUGGGGAUGAUCUUGAAGUACCUCUACACCUCAAACAUCAAUGUGACGGAGCAAAACGUGCAGGACAUCUUUGCUUUGGCCAACCUGCUUCAGAUCCCCUCGAUUUUCACUGUAUGCGUCUCGUUCCUGCAAAAGCGACUGAGUUUGAGCAACUGUUUGGCGAUUUUUCGACUAGGACUGAUGCUGGACUGUCCUCGUCUGGCCAUAUCUGCGAGGAACUUCGCUUGCGAGCGCUUCCAGCUUAUUGCUCGGGAUGAAGAAUUCCUGCAACUGAUUCCGAGCGAAUUGGCGGCUGUUAUUGCAUCUGACUCUUUAAAUGUAGAAACGGAGCAAGAAGUUUUUGAGGCUUUGAUCAAGUGGGUUGGACAUGACCAAGAAAAGAGGCUGGAGGACCUACCGGGUCUGCUGGAUUGCAUCAGAUUACGCCUGGUUCCUCAGGACUACUUCACCAAAAAUGUGGAGAAACAUGAAUGGUUGAGCUCGAACCCAGAGAUCACCAAGAAACUGCAACUAGUCAAAGACGCCCAUGCUGGGAAGCUUCCAGAAGUCAAGAAGACCAAAAGCAAAAAGAGUGCUGGUGAGGAAGGACAGAAGGAGAGAGAUGAAGAAGAAGAAGAGCAGGAGGAGCUACUUCCAGGCAUCUUGAAUGACAAUCUGCGGUUCGGGAUGUUCCUGAGAGACUUGAUCUUCUUGAUCAAUAGCACUGCAUCGGUGGCUUAUGACCCGACGGGAAAUGAUUGUUAUGUGGCGGCACUCUCUACCCAAAUCCCUAAAAACCACUGCAGUCUGGUCACAAAGGAAAACCAGAUAUUUGUGGCAGGUGGACUCUUUUUUGAUGAACAAAGUAAAGACGAACAGAUCUAUUCAUACUUUUUGCAGUUUGACCCUGCAACAUCAGACUGGAUGGGCAUGCCUCCCAUACCCUCCCCGCGCUUCCUGUUCGGGAUGGGUGAGGCUGAAAACUUCAUCUUUGUGAUUGGAGGGAGAGAAAUGAAGGAAGGAGAACACAUUCUGGAAACUGUCAUGGUUUAUGACAGACAGUGUCUUAAAUGGGCCGAUUCAGAUCCUCUUCCCUACCCAGUAUAUGGCCACGGAGUAGUGUCUCAUAAUGAAAUGAUCUAUGUAAUCGGAGGAAAGGGAGAGAACAAACAGUGUUUGAAUAGAGUGUGUGUGUAUGACACUAAAAAGCAUCAGUGGACAGAUCUGGCUCCAUUAAAUACUGCACGCUCACUUUUUGGGGUCACCAUCCACAAAAACAAGAUCUACGUGGCAGCUGGUGUCACUGACACUGGCCUCACAGGCAGCGCUGAGGUCUAUGACAUCAAAACCAACAAGUGGUCAGAGUUUGUGGAGUUUCCACAGGAACGUAGUUCCCCGAGCCUGGUCACUGUGGGUGGAGUCCUCUAUGCUGUGGGUGGCUUUGCCAUGUUCCCCAAAGAGGACAGCGAUGAUCUCAUGCCGCAGGAGAUGAAUGACAUCUGGAGGUAUGAUGAGGGCGAGAGGAAAUGGAAUGGCAUACUGAGGGAGAUUCAAUAUGCAUCUGGUGCAACAGUUCUGGGAGUUCGUCUCAACACUCUUCGACUCACAAAAAUGUGAGUCUAUGCCAGCGCUGUCCAAUGAUUCAGUGUAAAGGAAAGAAGAAUAAACUCUCUGCUGAUUUAAAAUCAGCUAUUAUAGCAUGAGACAAAGUGAAGACCGAACCAGCACAAAACAUAAGAGGAUAGAACAUCUGUUCUCAGACUCAUUCCAUGAAAGUGAUCACAUGAUAUUCAACAUUUAAACACACAUUAUGAAUCAUUUAUCAUUUGGAACAGAAAGAAAAAGCCAUCCAACCCAGGCUCAUUGGAAAAACGUACCUAUGGCAACAUUUCUGCAAAAUGGUAUGUUGCUUCAUGCACGUUUCACAGCACUUUCAAAGUGAAAUGUCCAAUUAGUGGCGAUAAAAGCAUGUACGUUGUUGUACGUAUGGCAGCAGUUCGGAAAUGAAAUGUCCGAUAAAAGGUUAAUGCGCUAUAAUGUUUGAAAAUAACGUACCACCAAUAAACCUAUACCGAUAGAGUUAACAAAAGCAAAUAUAAGGGGGGAAAAACAUUUGCUGAAGUAACCAUACUAUUUUAACUUGCUUCUACAAGUCUGUGAGCUCUUUUAUCUUUGACUCAUUUUUCACGGCACUCGGACCCAAAAGCACUCUGCAUCACAACUGCAAUGCUGUACCAGGUGAGCUACCAAGCAAGUUUACUACUACUAAAAGCCAUAGCCUACAUAUGUCUUUAUUAAUCGAUAAUCUGCCCCUGUAAUUCUAAUUUGUUCAAUUACAAUGAAUACAAGUUGUAGUUUUACUGCCACUAGUGUUCAUUUCAGCUGGAAACUGCAGCGAAUUGCUUUUUUUUUCUUUUGUCAAAUCAACUUCAGUAAUUAAUGUGGUUCAGAUAACAUAAUAUUUUGAGUUUCUGUUGAUUAAAGGUG